GACUGUUGACGCCAUCUUUACGCCAGUGCUACCGGUGGGUUUUCUGUUACAGCGGGGCAGCGCUGCUGUUGCUGAUCCACCAGAAGGAAUCGCUGAGUAGCUGCUAAUCAUUUUCCCUUCCCUACGGGACGGCACGAACGGUCCCAGCAACUGCGGAUGAUGGCGGACAGAGAGAAUUUAGUUUACCAAGCCAAACUUGCCGAACAAGCGGAGAGAUAUGACGGUAAGACUGUAAACAGACAUCGGUCAUUGCAGAACGCCUUUCCCCUCUCUGUGUCCCAGUGCAGGGGGCUAAGAGGUGCAGAAAUGGUGGAGUCAAUGAAGAGGGUGGCCAGUUUGGACCUGGAACUGACGGUAGAGGAGAGGAAUCUGCUCUCUGUAGCAUACAAGAAUGUGAUUGGUGCCAGGAGAGCCUCUUGGAGGAUAAUCAGCAGCCUUGAACAGAAAGAGGAAAGCAAAGGCAGCGAGGACAAACUAAAGAUGAUCCGAGAAUACAGGAAAACGGUUGAGAAAGAGCUGAAAUCAAUCUGCAAUGACAUUCUGGAUGUACUGGACAAACACCUCAUCUUAUCUGCAAAUACGGGGGAGUCCAAGGUUUUCUACUACAAAAUGAAGGGAGAUUACCACAGGUACCUGGCAGAGUUCGCCACAGGCAACGACAGGAAGGAGGCAGCAGAGAACAGUUUGGUAGCGUACAAAGCUGCCAGUGACAUCGCCAUGACUGAACUCCCUCCAACACACCCCAUCCGUCUGGGACUGGCACUUAACUUCUCAGUUUUCUAUUAUGAAAUCCUCAAUUCGCCAGACCGUGCUUGCAGGUUGGCGAAGGCAGCAUUCGACAAUGCUAUUGCAGAACUGGACACACUGAGUGAGGAGAGUUAUAAGGACUCAACACUUAUCAUGCAGUUGCUACGUGACAACUUGACACUAUGGACCUCAGAUGUGCAGGGAGACGGUGAAGAACAGAACAAAGAAGCACUGCAAGAUGCAGAGGACGAGGCCCAGUGAGGGAAAAGACAAGCCGUCCCCCUCCUCCUCUGUCCCCAGUCCCACUCAUCUCUGUGGGAUUCUCUUUCAGCCCACUCUCCUCUGUUCUCCAUCUGUCGUCUCUCACUUUUUCUCUCUGUUAGCACGUCAUCUCCAUAGUUCUCAGGACCUGUUGCACUGGUCGCUCAUUUCAAACACCAUGGGGGAUUUCAACUUUUUCCUUUUUAUUGAAUGAGUCUUUUUGUCCUGUAAGUUCCAUGUCCUCUUUACAUUUUUAUUUUGCUUCACUUUUGCUGUUUUCAUCUGUUGCCAAGUGUGCUUGCCUGAAUUGAAACACAUAUGCAAGAGUUUAUUUAAAGACAUUGCUGGUUGUUUUUUUCCCCCGUGUAUGUAUGUUGACAACAAAUAUCCAUACUUCCGUUGGGGGGGGGGGGGGCAUCAAGAAUUCAGUGACAGAAUAUUUAAAAGGGACUUGUUAAAGCUUUUAGGAAGAACCAAGUGCCCUGUUUACUUUGUGGUUACCAGAUCUGCUCUUUCAACACAUCACUGGCUUUUUCUUUUUCUUUUUUCCCCCUUUUUUUUGUAAUGACAAAACAGCAGAAUGUCCCCCCACCUUGGCCUUGUCCUUCUUGUCCAAGCAUCACUCUUACCUCUAUAUUCCUGUCCACCCCUGGACCAAGUGUUGUGCUUUGAGGCUUUAGUGAUUUGCUAAUGGCAGAUAGGUUGGCUUUUUUAGCAGAAGUGAAGGCUCCACACCCAUUGAUAGUAAUGCAAGACAGUUUUGCAUUGCCACUUAUAUAAAACCAGUCUGGGGAAUAGAGACAUGCUGUAUCCUCUUUUUUUGCUUUCCUUCGACUCAUUCAGGUUUCCUCCUCUUCUUCCUCCUCAUCUGCUCGUUUCAUCUUUUUCCUUCUGUUUGUGUAACGUGAAUCUGAUUUGUACUACUGGAUAUUCUCAGUGGAGCCACAAGUACCAUCUGUAUUCUUACUGAAACACAGCAUGGAAUUAACAUUAAACUUCAAAUCAAAAAAGGUUAAAUUACAA